AUGGAUGCCACACAAGCAGACAUCGAAGCAGCGACCGGCAUCGGGCAUGCUGAGACGAGCACCAGCGAAUCCGCUUCAUCUUCGGGCGAACAGCGUGCGCUCCAACCAGCAGAGUCGUACGGACAGCGCUUGACGAGGGUGCUCACUGGCGAGGACAAUCCAAAAGGAGAGGGAAGUGCGGGAGGUUCACGGCAGCGACGGAAGAAGCUGUUGCCAUCCCUGGUACGUCAGAGGCAUCGAAAUGGUCUCAAGAGCGAACGAAGCAAACGACCCAAGCAGACCGCGGUGCGACGAUCAGAAGAAGAGCUGGGAAGCACAGCCGACUCUGAAAAGGUCGCUCGGUCUCAAAAUGGGCAAAGCAACUCGAGUGCGCAGUCAAGCGACGCAAGCAGCGAACCAGAACGCAUCAAGAUCGUCGGCGAAGAUGGCAAGCCGAUGCGACGGAGCGGCAUCAAGGAGCGAGUGCUGCAUUUCACUCCGUCUUGGUUCUCCGUGACGAUGGGCACCGGUGUCAUUGCGACGCUGCUCAACCUGCUUCCAUGGCCAUCAAUCCAUUCGGGGCUGCGAUGGCCUGCGCUGUGCUUCCUGCUCGGCGACAUUGUCAUCUUCAUCCUAUUCUUCUGCGUCUUCCUUUCGCGGUACUUCAUGUACCCUGAAAUCCUGCCGUUGACGAUCAAGCAUGCGCAACAGUCGAUGUUCCUGGGCACGUUACCCAUGGGACUGAUCACCAUCAUCAGUGGCAUCGCGCAGCUGGGGACGAAAGAAUUCGAGCUGGGCAUCGGCUUCGCGCUUGCGGCGAGCGGGCUGUGGUGGGCAGCCACCGUGAUCAGCCUGAUGACGGCGAUUGGGGUGCCUUUCAGCAUGAUGACCUACCAGAAGCACUACUUUGAAGGUAUCACUGCGGCGCUUCUUCUGCCCAUUGUCCCGCCCAUCACUGCAGCGGCGACAGGCAGCGUUCUCGCGGAGAUUCUGAUGUUCCGGUACCCCACCUAUGCCUUCACCAUCAUGGUGGUCAGCUACCUGGUGUUGGGCAUCGGUCUGCCGCUAGCACUGCUCAUCCUCGUCCUCUACUUCCAGCGUCUGCUGCUGUUCAAGUCUCCACCACGGGAUGUGAUCAUCUCGGUCUUUCUGCCCCUGGGACCCUGCGGCCAGGGUGGCGAGGCGUGUCUCCACCUCGGCCGCGUCGCCCUCGAGCUCUUCCCCACCAUCUCCACCCCCGCCUCAUCCUCCGGCGUGCCGCAGCUCUUCUCCGUCGGCCAAGCCCUGUACGGUGCCGGCCUGAUCUCGGCCAUGCUCCUCUUCGGCCUGGGCAUCUGGUGGCUCGCCAUCGGCGUAUUCACCAUCAUUCGUGAGUUGAAGAGAGGCAAGCUCGGAUUCAACAUGGGCUGGUGGGGGCUCACUUUCCCUUUUGCAAGUUUGGCCAUUUGCACGGCAAGACUGGCGAUAGAGCUGGACAGUCUGACGUUGAAGAUCGUCUACACGGCGUUUGUGAUUGCGAAUGUGAUGCUGUGGUUGUACGUGGCGAUCCCGACGGCGAGGGGCGCGUGGUCGGGGAGGCUGUUCAAUGCGCCCUGUCUGGCGGAUCUGCCGCUCAAGCAGUAG